GGACUCGGCAGUGCACCCCCUCCCCCUUGGUCCUCCUCGUCACGUUCAGUAGGUGUGACCUCUGACCUUUGAGGCUAGUCUGGAGGUAGACGCAGAGAGGAGUUAGCCAGUAAGACAUCAGCAGAGACUCUUUGGACGGACACUGUAGGACAUUCAGCACAGAGUGUGAAGAUCACAAGCAGCCACAAUGUCUGAUGGAAAGAAGAUGACGUCCAGCCGCAGGCAUCACCUGAAGAGUCUGAUGCUGCAGAUUGCUGCCAGCUGGAUUGUGCAGGAGAAGAAGGACAAUGAAGAGGCGAAGGCGGCCUACAUGGCCGAGAACUGCCCCACCCCCGACCUCAGUGGAGACCAGGCUGCUCUCAUGGAACUGUGUAAAAAGAUCUACCAGGCCAUUGACAAAAUCGACGAGGCAAGGUACGACAUCGAGGCCAAAGUUCAUAAGGCAGACGUGGAGAUUGAGGACCUGAAGCUGAAAGUGGUUGACCUGGCUGGAGUGAAGAAGCCCGCCCUGAAGAAGGUCCGUAUGUCUGCUGACGCCAUGCUGCAGGCUCUGCUGGGAGGAAAACACAAGGUGAACAUGGACCUGAGGGCCAACCUGAAGCAGGUCAAGAAGGAGGUCAAAGAGGAGCCAACAGAGGCAGUCGGCGACUGGCGUAAAAACAUCGAGGAUAAGGCCGACAGGAAGAAGAUGUUUGAGACUUCCUAAAGCUCUCAUGGUCUGGCGAGGAUAACAGCCAGGGGGACAUUUCUCUCUAAGGUCUGAGUGACUAAAUGCGUCUCCAAGCCCCUGUGGGACAGAGAGGGACAAUAUUUUCAACACUUUUUUACCAUCAAGUUGAUUUUGAUCCAAAGAGACUGAACUGAAACAAAGCUAUAUUUAAAAAAAAUAAAUAAAGUAAAAUUGACAGGGUAUGUGCAGGUUUUCAUGGAGUCUUAAAUAAAUAAAUGUUUUGAGAUAAGGAUUAAAUUGUUUGCUAUUUCCGUAUUUUAAUUAUUCUUUAUUUAUCACUUAAAGCAUUACAUACUGAGAGUAUUUCAAAACCCUGGAAACCAGUGAUUUCUGUAACACAAGGAAUUCAAUUUUGGCUGUUAGGAUGAUGACAGCUAUGUUAAAAAAUAAAUAAAUACAUUUGAGGACUUUGA